GGAAGCGGAACAAGCAAUUUGGCGUGUUGUAGCUAACUUAUCAGCACCUCAUGCUAUUGUAAUUAACGCUCCUCUAACAUUUAACAUGAAUAAGCUAGGUCAAGCACAAGACUUUGAGUCAUAUGAGAUCGAAGAGCCGAGCGACGAAGAGCGGGCCGCCAGCAGUUCGGAGGAUGAGCUGGACGUGCUCCUGAACGGGACUCCGGACCAGAAAAAGAAGCUGAUCAGAGAGUAUCUAACUGGGGAGAGCGAGUCAUCCAGCGAGGAUGAUUUUGAAAAAGAGAUGGAGGCAGAGCUCAGCUCCACCAUCAAGACCAUGCAGGGAACCUGGGGACCAGCAGCAGAGACCUCAAAACGACCAGGAGGAGGAGGAGCAGAAGGGGAAGGAAGUGCUGUUGGUGGUCCUGGACUUUCUAACCCACAGAUGUAUGAUGAGGUUUAUUUUGACUCGGACUCAGAGGAGGACGGCACACCGAGCAGCUCAACAAGCCAGAGGCGGAGACAGCGGACCAUUCCGACCAAUGACGAGCUGCUGUACGACCCCGACGAGGACGACAGAGACCAGGCCUGGGUUGACGCCAGGAGGAGAGAGUACAGCAGAAGAAAACGACCUGCUGCAGCUUUUCACUCAAAGCUUCGCCACCCUCAAGCUUUGCCUCACAGCGACGCUGUGCUUAACUGUCCCGCCUGCAUGACGACGCUCUGCCUGGACUGUCAGAGGCACGAGAAGUACCGCACGCAGUAUCGAGCAAUGUUUGUGAUGAACUGCACAGUCAAGAGAGAGGAGGUGCUGCGUUACAAAAACCAGCAGGAGAAGAACCGGAGGAACAGGAAGAGGAGGAGGGGACAGCAGACAGAGACGCCUGCGGAUGAGACUCCAGCAGCGAUGGGGAUGGAUGCUGAUGAGGUGUACCACCCGGUGCAGUGCUCUGAGUGCUCCACUGAGGUGGCCGUGUUCGAUAAAGAUGAGGUUUACCACUUCUUCAACAUCCUGGCCAGCCACUGCUGACAAGGACUGAACGAGGUCUGAGCUGGACUUUGUCUCUAACUUCACACCUCGUGGCUCAGAUCUUUGUCUUUAUAUCCAAAAUGCUCACCAAAGCAAAGCUAAAGGGGAGUGAACGCUGGACGUGUGCUCAUCACUUUAAGUUAACGCUGUUAUUGUUCUGUAUUUGCAGGAUGUGUAAAUGUCCAUCUUCUUUUUUCUUUUUCUGCAAAUAAGAUCAUGGCGCCAGUGAUAACUUGUCAGUGUUGUGUUUACAGGAGUUACAACAGUUUUGACAGCUUUUUUUGCUUCAGCGUCACGGCUGAGAUGGCAAAUCAGUCUGUGAUCAGUCGCCUGAUCAUGUUUGUCAUACACAUUUUGAACACAUUGUUCAACAGGUAACAAAAAUGAAAUCCUUUUCAGCAUUAGAAAAAAUGUACCACCUCAUGUCUGUAAAACUUUAAGUGCUGCGCCUGAACACAACCUUUUGCCGUUGACUCCGGUGUUCUUGUGUCUUGUAAUUUGGAGAGCAAAAAUGUUGGGAGUAGAAAAUUUAAAUCGGUCACACAAAUCUGAUUUAUUAAGGUACAGGUCAGCAUAAUGCAGCUCUCCUCUGGUUGAAUCCUAUACUUCACCUCCUCCCACUUGAUUACACAAAUUCCUCAUCAAUUUCUGACAGGACAGUUUGCCCCUAUAUUAAAACAUAUUGAUUUUCCUUUAGCUUCCCCUCAUUAAUCUGAAUUACAAUGCUGUUUAUAUUAACAAGAGCAUCAUCAAACCUGUGCCUUGUUUUAUUUGAUUUUUUGUUAUUUUAUUAGCAGAAUACUUCGACACUCAUAGUGUCUGCUUGUUUUCGACCAAUUUGCACCGCUGUAGUUUGAAUGCUGGUCAUUAUUGUGCAUUGUUAGUAGAGCAGCCACAGAACUUUCUACGACUAUCAGUGUAUUUUUGCAAUUUUGCCAUCAUGCUAAUGUGGCCUGUGUAAUUGGCCAUAAAUAAUAUAGACUAAAUCACACUGACACUGAAAAACUUCUAAAAGUUUUACAUUUGCUGCUGUUUUUAUUUUUUAAAAUGCAAAAAAAUACAGUUUUCUGAAACUUUUGAAAGGCUACAUCAUUUUUCCUUGACAAA